AUCAAAACAGCUGAUUACAAAAUACAAAAUUGACAAAAAAUUAAGAACACGUAUCGUAUUAACACAAAGCGGCUACAUAACACAAUGACCCCGACAAAGUGAUUGCGGCAUUACGCCAUAUAGGCCCUGAUUAGCGUGGGUUAUGUUUGCUUGUAUGCGGGACCGGACCUCAAGAAGCAACAGGAGGCCAGCAGCCAUCGCCACCGAUCCCACACAUUCCGCCGGCCGAUCCCACCAUGAUUGAAGUGAUCUGCAUCCUGCUUGGCAAACUGCUGCUACUUCUGGUCGGAGCGUACGAACUAGUGCGUCGACUGCACCAGCAAUUUCAUGCCCUUGUACGCGGGUCAUAUGACUUUUGUCGCGGAAAAGAUGCGCGUGAGCGGCACGAGCGCCGCCUACUGGCCGACUGCAAGGCAAGCCUGACCAAAGUGCCGCAGCACCUAGUGCUAAUCAUAGCUCCGGAUGACUACUAUGUGGAUGCGGGACGACUAAAUUCAAUUUUCGGCUAUGCUCUCGCCAUUGGCAUCAAGCACGUCAGUGUGUACGAUAGGCGUGAGAAAAAACACGGCUAUGUGGAAUUGGACGCCCUCUGCCAGCCACGGGAGGACAGCAACGGCAGGUGCUACAGUUGGCUAGCGGGACCGGUGCAUCACAAAACCAAUGGGCAUACCAAUGGACACAAGAAGAAUGGGUAUGCGAACGGUGUAAACGGCACGCAUUUACCCCAGCUGCAGGUCUACCGAAUCAGGCCCGCGGAUUGCCAUGCCCUUAUAGCGGAUGUCUGCCGCGAUCUGUACGCAAUUAGAGAGACGCCUCUGGUACAGGGUCUGCUGCAGAAGCGGGAGUCCCUCACCGAGGAGAUAACCUUAAGGUUGGCCCAGCGGCUGGACUAUGAGGCACCGGAUCCGGACCUGGGCAUAAUUUUUGCACAUCAGACGUGCACCUAUGGCUUGAUGCCGUGGCAUGUGCGCUUCACCGAAUUCCACACGCAUCCCAGCGAUCGGUACUUCAACGUGGAAUCCUUCACCAAGGUGCUCUAUCGAUACUCACGCUGCGAGCAGAGGUGGGGCACGUAGGUGCUUAAGGUCAAGCCGAAUAUUGAAUUGACUCAGUUUAUGUUUAAGUAGUUAACCUAUUCCGUAUGUAAAUUAUAGCCCGAGGAAUGCCCCAAAAAUUUGCUUGGGCAAACCAUUCCUUUUAGAACGUAAGCAUAAAGUGCGAUGGAGUAAUUUUGUUCAUAAACGAAAUGUAUUUAAGA